AUGGACGACGUGAACAAUGACGGCAGCCCUAACUGGGAUCCCUAUGCAAAUCCUCCCGCAGAACAGGUCCAUACUACCUGGGAUAUAGAGGGCCUGCCGCAUACGGUGACAGAGAAUUAUGCGCAGCCCACGAAUGCAGGCCAGUGGACGAGCGAUGCAUGGAUGACUGCUGCAGCAACGACUACCUUGACUUGGGCUUCGCAGGUUACCAGCGAUGUUAGUAUCAGCCAGACUCAGUGGCAGAGUGAGACUGAGACGUGGACUCAGUAUACAAGUGCUCCUACAACUACAGCUACAGACACAUCCAUAUCCACAGACUCCAUCAGCUCAAUAACAUCAUCAUCACAAACCUCAUCAGCAACAACAGAAGUCACCACCACAACCACAUCCUCAACUACAUCUCCAUCCACAACCUCAUCAACAACCUCAUCAACAGCAAGCGCAACAAACCCCCCUAUCCCCUCCACCUCCUCCCUCCCCACAAAAACCAAAAUCGCCAUCGCCGUCCCCAUCUCCCUCAUCGGCACCGCCCUCCUCCUCGCCCUCCUCAUCCUCCUCCUCCGCUACCGCCGCCGCCACAAGUCCCAUGGAUCCGGUCCAUACAUGGACAUACGCGAAAACCCAUCAACACACGUCCCAUCACACGCCCACUCGGACUCGCAGGGCGGAAAUGCCCCAAACCCGUGGGAUACGAUGACUCCGCAUUUAUUCUUCCUAGGGGGUACUCCGGGGGCGAUAGGGGGCAGUAGUCGAAGUAUCAGAAGUAGUAGACACGCCUCGGAGAGGGAUGUGAGCGUGUACGAUGUCACGAAUCCACACCAGCAGCUGCAGGGAGAAAUGGAAGACGGUGCAAGUGCGGGCCCGCGAACAAGCCAACCUAAUCUUCGUCAAGGAUUCCAUCGUCCUUCGGUGAUUGUUUCUGAUGGGUUUAUUCCGGAUCCGUUGCAUUCGCAUCCGAAUACGCCGAUUAUGGAUGCGGCUUCGGUGUCAGGACUAGCGUCUGCGUCUGCGUCAGCUCUAUCGUUAGCAGGUGGAGGUGGAGGAGGAGGAGGGACAGGAGCAAUUGGUCUAGCGCGUACCACUACGCAUGAACCUGCACAUGAACAUGACCAUUCGUCUCAACGAGGCAUAAGCAGAAACAGCCACACACCAUCCCCCAAACCAUCCUCAACCCUAGAAAUAGAGACACACGACCUCGAGCGCCAUCGACCUCAAUCCCCAUUCAACCAUCCACUCGACGACGCAGUAUCCGAGAUCUCGCGCUUCAGCGGACGCCGGAGCACCUUUUUCGGGGGCCAUGGGGCAGGACAAGGACAUCAUUAUCGGGGCGUGGAUGAUCGGGGGUCGAUAUCGUCGGUUUCGUCGGUUUCGUCGGUUAGUGAUGAUGAGGGUGAUGAUGUUGGGAGGGGCGGUCAUUCGCGGAGGAGGUAA